AUGUGGAAGCAGUUGGAGCAAGGGCUGAUCGAGCUUAGCAAGGGAGAGGAGGACAGGCUCCGUCGCGUGUUUGAGCGCCUGGACAGGAAUGGAGACGGGUUCAUCGAUGUAGCAGACCUGAGAGCGGUGAUGGCGACUUUAAACUAUGAGCCUGCUAAGGGAGAGCUAGAGGACAUGAUAUGGGAAGUUGAUGAGAACAUGUCGAAAUCGUUGAAGUCGGUGACGAUGAUGUUAUGCACAUGUAACCUUCACUGCAGCUAUCAAGCGUUCUCCAUCAUGUACAGAAGGGUCAGAAUGGAUGCCGCUGGGAUAGAGCCGCGCAAGCUCUACACGCUUGCGGACUUCAUGAUGAACGACAAGAAUGGGGACUGUAAGGUGGCGAUGGAUGAAGCGGUACAGCUGAUGUUCAUGCGUUACGGGAAGAGUUUCAGCCAAGAUGAGAUCAAGAUGCUCUUCAAGGAUACAGCAGACAAGAGUGGUACCAUCUCCUUCCGGGAGUUUCGAGAUUAUGUGGAGAGGCAGCACGAUGCGCUGGAGAAGAAACGAGAAGAAGCGAAACUCAAGAGCAUGAAGGGUCGACCCAAGGGAAAGACACUUGAUUGA